CGGUCCCAGGCCGGAGCGAACUCCGCCCGCCACCCUGGCAGUGUGUGGUGCUGAGGACUCGCGCGGAGGCGGGAUGCUACCAGCCCGGGAGACCGGCGAGUCGCCGGCAGCCCCGUGCUGCUCAGAAAGUGGUGACGAAAGGAAGAACAUGGAGGAGAAAAGUGACAUAAAUAUUGCAGUUCUUGUUGGAAGUGAACAAGUCAGUGAAGGUACAGAUAAUGGUGAUCUCCCUUCUUACGUGUCUGCAUUCAUAGAAAAGGAAGUUGGAAAUGACCUUAAGUCCUUAAAGAAACUUGAUAAACUCAUAGAACAGAUGACAGAAAGUAAAAUGCAAUUAGAAGAACAGGUACUUACAAUUUCAUCAGAAAUUCCUAAAAGAAUUCAAAGUGCUUUAAAAAAUGCAGAAGAAUCAAAGCAAUUCCUAAAUCAGUUUCUAGAGCAAGAAACUCAUCUCUUCAGCUCCAUUAACAGCCAUUUGCUGAAUGCACAGCCCUGGAUGGAUGAGCUUGGGGCCAUGAUUGACCAAAUUGAAGAGAUUGAAAGGCAUCUCGCUUACCUAAAAUGGAUUUCACAAAUUGAAGAACUAAGUGAUAAUAUUCAGCAGUAUCUGAUGACCAAUAAUGUACCGGAGGCAGCCUCUACUCUAGUGUCUAUGGCAGAACUUGACAUCAAGCUUCAGGAAUCAUCUUGUUCUCAUCUUCUCAGUUUCAUGAGAGCUACAGUUAAAUUCUGGCAUAAAAUUCUCAAGGACAAGCUUACGAGUGAUUUUGAGGAAAUUUUAGCACAACUUCAUUGGCCAUUCAUUGCACCCCCUCAAUCUCAAAAUGUUGGCUUAAGUCGACCUGCCAGUGGCCCUGAAUUGUAUAAUAACUUGGAGACACUAUUUUGUCAGCUUUUCAAACUACAAACCUCAGAUGAAUUAAUUACAGAACCAAAACAGCUCCCAGAAAAAUACUCCCUUCCUGCAUCCCCUUCUGUUAUCCUGCCCAUUCAGGUUAUGCUGACUCCUCUCCAGAAGAGGUUCAGAUAUCAUUUCAGAGGGAACCGGCAGACUAAUGUUAUCAGCAAGCCUGAAUGGUACUUGGCUCAAGUACUUAUGUGGAUUGGAAAUCAUACACAGUUUCUGGAUGAGAAGAUUCAGCCUAUAUUAGACAAAGUAGGGUCUUCAGUAAAUGCAAGGCUUGAAUUUUCUCGAGGGCUUAUGAUGCUGGUGCUUGAGAAAUUAGCUGCCGAUAUUCCUUGUCUACUGUAUGAUGACAGUCUCUUCUGUCAUUUGGUGGAUGAAGUGCUCUUAUUUGAAAGGGAGCUUCAUACUGUUCACGACUAUCCUAGCACUUUUGCUGGUUGUAUGCAUAUUCUAUCAGAGGAAACCUGUUUUCAGAGAUGGUUGACUGUGGAGAGAAAAUUUGCUCUUCAAAAAAUGGACACAAUGCUUUCAUCAGAAGCUGCCUGGGUAUCCCAAUAUAAGGAUAUCACUGAUGUGGAUGAAAUGAAAGUUCCAGACUGUGCAGAAACUUUUAUGACUCUACUCUUGGUUAUAACUGACAGGUAUAAAAAUCUUCCCACAGCUUCACGAAAGCUGCAGUUCCUGGAGUUACAGAAGGAGCUAGUAGAUGAUUUUAGGAUACGAUUAACUCAGGUGAUGAAAGAAGAGACUAGAGCUUCCCUUGGCUUUCGAUACUGUGCAAUUCUUAAUGCUGUGAACUACAUCUCGACAGUACUAGCAGACUGGGCUGACAAUGUUUUCUUUUUACAACUUCAACAGGCAGCAUUGGAGGUCUUUGCAGAUGAUAAUACUCUAAGUAAAUUGCAACUUGGACAACUGGCCUCCAUGGAGAGCUCUGUCUUUGAUGACAUGAUUAACCUCUUAGAGCGUUUAAAGCAUGACAUGUUGACCCGACAAGUAGACCAUGUCUUUAGAGAAGUUAAAGAUGCUGCAAAAUUAUAUAAAAAAGAAAGAUGGUUGUCCUUGCCAUCUCAGUCAGAGCAGGCAGUAAUGUCCCUGUCCAGUUCAGCCUGCCCAUUUUUGCUGAUGCUACGAGACCGUUUACUUCAACUGGAGCAGCAGCUUUGUUUCUCCUUAUUUAAAAUUUUCUGGCAAAUGCUUGUAGAGAAGCUGGAUAUAUACAUCUACCAAGAAAUCAUUCUUGCUAAUCACUUCAAUGAAGGAGGAGCAGCCCAGUUGCAGUUUGAUAUGACUCGCAAUCUUUUCCCUUUGUUUUCUCACUAUUGCAAGAGACCAGAAAAUUAUUUUAAACAUGUAAAAGAAGCUUGUAUUAUUUUGAAUUUGAACAUCGGCUCUGCACUACUCUUGAAAGAUGUAUUGCAGUCAGCUUCAGGACAGCUGCCUGCAACAGCAGCAUUAAAUGAAGUUGGAGUUUACAAACUGGCUCAACAAGAUGUUGAAAUUCUACUUAAUUUGAGGACAAACUGGCCUAACACUGGGAAAUAAUAUAACUUCCAGAAAAAGGAUGUUUGGGGUUUUGUUUUUAAGAAAGAGGAAGCUGGUGGCGCCUGUGGGUCAAGGGGUAGGGUGCCGGCCCCAUAUGCCAGAGGUGGUGGGUUCAAACCCAGCCCCGGACAAAAACUGCAAAAAAAAAAAAAAAAAAAAAAGAAAGAGGAAGCUAGUUGGACUUCAAGUUAUCUGAUGAAGUUCUGAAUUAAUGAAACUGGACAACUGGAAACUUUAUGGAAUCAUUUUUAUCUUGGAUAUAUGGUAUUAUUAAAAUGCCAACCAUAUGUCCUGAGUCCUCUUGUUCCUAGGAAAACAAAAACAAAAUUCAGAAACCAUGAAAACUGAACAUAAUUCUGUUUACAAAUAUAAAUGCUGAAUAUAUCUAUUGAAGAAAAUAUAAGAGCAGAGAUAAUAUAUUAUAACCAAUUUUCAAUUUCCUGUGCUAAUAAAAGGAAAAUCUGUUGUAGAUAAUAAAACAACCAAUAAAUUUUUUAAAAAUCACUUUAGAUUGUUUAAAAUUGAUGUUUCUGUGUCUGCUUUGGUAAUUUCAUUUUAUUUCAGUAAGAAAACACAUUAGGAGAUGGUAGAUAAAAUAGGAUUAUUCUUCAUUUUUCAUAAAUGUUCUUUCAUUUAAAAAUACUUCAUAUGUGACAACAGGCAACCUUUUUUUUCUGGAUGAUCGUGCCAGAGCACUCCACCUCAGUUUUUCGCAUGUAGCAGGAAAUUAUAUUCAUAAUUAUACAUUUUUGUUUAACAUUUAUGUGGCUGAUAAUGAUAUGAAAAUAUGAAAUUUUCAGUGCAGGAGCAGUUUCUCAUCCUAGAAUCUCAGCACUCUGGGAGGCUGAGGCAGGAAGAUCCCUUGAGCUUUAGAAGUUCAUGACCAGCCUAAGCAAGACUCUAUCUCCUAAAAAUAGAAAAGUUAGCUGGUCGUUGUGGUGGGCACCUGUAAUCCCAGCUACUCUGGAGGCUGAGGCAGGAGGAUUGCUUGAACCUAGGAGUGUGAGGUUACUGUGAGCUAAGCUGAUGCCAUUGUACUCUAGCCUAGGCAACAGAGUGAGAUUGUUUAAAAAAAAAAAAAAACACCUGAAAAUUUAUUUUUUCUUCUAACCUUUUCCUUGACUGUGGGCCGUAUUAAAUAGUGGUUUCUUGAUCAAUAAAUUCUCAGACGGUAAAAGUUUUUUAAAAAUUAAGCUAGAUUUUCCAGAGGCUUUCUGUAACUAUUAAACUUUGUUUUAAUUAGUUUUUCUCUGACUUAGCAUUUAGUACUUUUAUUUAUUAAUUUUUUUAUUUUAUUUUUUGGAGACAGAGUUUCACUCUGUUGCCCAGGCUAGAGUGCAGUGGCAUUGUCACCUCAGAGCAACCUCAGUCUUCUGGGCUCUAACGAUCCUCCUGCCUCAGCCUUCUGAGUAGCUAGCUAGGUCUAUAGGUGUGCACCAGCAAGUCUAGCUAAUUUUUCUUUUUUUUUUUUUUUUUGGUAGAGAUAGGGUUGCACUCUCAGGCUGGCCUCCAAUUGCUGAGCACCUCCUACCUCCUACCUCAGCCUCCCAGAGUGCUAGGUUACAGACGUGAACCAUGGCACCCAGCCCUAGUUAAUACCUUUAAUCCUGGGAUAUCUCAAAUCUAAAAUUGUUGAACCUAUACUAUUGAUAAACAUCUACUUUGCAAUAUAUGAUUUUGAAGAAGUACUCUGAAAUCCUACUACUCUACAGGGGGCCCCAAAGUUUGCCCCGUAAGUUGCCAUAUGUAUACAAGGUAAAUGGGAAAUGGCAGUUAAAUGUCCUUUAGUUACAAAAUAUUCAUUACAAAAUUUUACAAAGAGGUGGCUACAAAUACAAACAUGUAUGUAUAAAUAUCUUGUAAAAUUUCAUAAUAAAUAUAAAAGUACAUCUAGGUUUUUGUUUUUUUUUGUUGUUUUUUGAGA